AUAAUAUAUUUGAUUGAAUAUUCAAAUCAAUUGUCAAUUUAUGAAUACCGGGUAAUCAUAUGUAAGUGAAUUAGUUGUCAAUAAAGAUAUGACUGUAGUAUAUAUGACACGUGUCCGAUACGGACUACUGGUCGGAUCGUUUGUGGCCGCAGUCGGUGCCACUAUGUAUGCCGUAUUUUUAUACCCCCGACAACACAUAGAUUAUUACAAGACACAACAAUCCAAAAAUAGAGCCGCAAUUAAAAUAGAUGACAUACAGCCGGGAGGGAUGCGGGUCUGGUCAGACCCUUUUGACCGAAGAAAACACGACUAAUUGUUUGAUUUCAAUAGUUUUUCUCUAUAUUAUAGUUAUUAUUACAUUAAAAAAAUAAUAGAUUUAUAUUUAGUAAUGAUUUAUCAAAAUAAUUGUGUAAAUAAUAAAAUGAGAU